AUGAAGUUUAUGGGAUCAUUUUUGUUUCUAUCAAUUGUGCUAAUGUCAUUUCGUGUGGAAGUCGUGAAUGCUUUCGUAAAGCUGGUAAUAUUUGGCACCAAGGUGGAGUUGAAAAACAAUUUCAAAACAUUUAACGUUUCGUACAACUUCAACAAUCCCAAGUCUUUGACGAACCAAUCGCUUGACUUUGAUAUAUUGCUCAAGCGUGAUUUAAAUGAUUUGAAGCUGGUAAUAUCUUACCAUGUCAUAGCCCUGAACAACACCAUGCAGAAUGCGCUAUUGAAACGUUCGAUCGAUAUUUGCUUUUUCCUUCGAAAUCCACGAUCCGAUCGUUUGAUAAAAAGCAUCUUCGACUACAUAAAGGAACGCAGCCACUUGCCGUCUAAAUGUCCCAUGCCUGCUGGUACAUAUUACAUGCACAAUUUAAAACUGGCCGAUAUGCCAUUACCAGGGUUGCUUCCCGAAACUGAGUUUAUGGUGGAUCUUGGCUACUACUCAGGUAUCAAGAAGGAAAUCACAGUUUCAUUUCAGCUGUACGGGAAAUUGGUUCGAAUUUUUGAGAAUAUUUUGCCUAGUGUUUAA